CCUCCGGCUAUGGUAGUUCUUUCGAGCACAUUCCCAUCCACCAGGAGGCUUCCCUUCGUAACCAGUAGUGUUAAGUAUUGUGCAGAUAUCUUUAUGUGUCCCUUGUUCGCGUUACCUCUCUUUCCUAGCUCCCCAACAGGGAGCAGGUGUGUCUUUCCUUAUUCGUCUCUCUGUGACCGCCUCUUAAAGGAGACAAGUUGGCAGCAUAUGCAGUCUAAGUGUUUUGCGGCUUUGAGACUUUCAUCCUGGCUUAUACAAAUACCCAACAACAAUCUACCCUAUGCUCUCUCCCCUCUGGUGACAUGAAGCUUCGCAUAUGUACAUGAAGAGUCGGCCAAUUUACUAUGCCAUAUUUCCAUGUUGUAUGUCGUUGAGAAGAUACUACCUCCAUCGAUGCCCAGGGGUCGUGGCACAAGGCCAAACUAACAUGCAAUUUAUGGGCAUGCAUGGAUAUAUUUGCCAAUGUCCCCCGCUGCCUACUUCAGUUCCCCCGUUGGCGGUUACGCCGUCGAAGAGAUCAGACGACGACGAAGUUCAGUUCAUUUCCUCCCAGCCUGUGAAGAGGCGGAAGAUCAGCCAGCAGAGAUCGAGUCCUAUACCCCACCAGCCUGUUAUCCCCACGAUACCUACAGCUCCCUUAAGUCCUUCAACACCAGCUUCUACCGAGCCUAAGGAAGCAGAUAGGCGAGUUAGCACGGGUAUGGUCGGGCUCCCUUCGGACUUCAGCGCCAUGGAACUCACUUGUGCGUUAAGGGGCGUCUCGCUACCGGCGCUGGAGAAGUUUACCUUCAACCAGCCCUUUCGUAGGCAGAGACCCUUGAGCCCUCCAGAGUUGUCACCUAAGCAAUUGCCACCAACAAUCGCGUCGGAAAUGCUGAGUUUCGAUGGCCGUGAGAAUCACGCAGGCGUCCCUGGCUAUCAUAUGGCCCCUGUGGCAUGUAUGACAGCUGAUGAGCGCCUAGGCGGGCCGGAAAUGAUUAUCCCUAGCUCGCUGGAUGCCGGCCUACCAACUGACCAGCUCUAUGCUCUCAACACAUCUGCCAUCCAGGCGAGAACUCUGCCCCCGAUGCGAGCCGAACAACAGAGAGCGGAUCCAAAAAGUGCGGCCAUGCCGCCCCCUCCGGUGCCGAAAGCCGGGUAUUCAGCUACUCCUGAAUCCAGUCGGCCAGUUCACCAUACUGCUAGGCAUCGUACGACGAGGCAGCCAUGCCAAGUCUGUUCUAAAAUGCGACAGCAGGUCACGCAUGCUAAAACUCAAGGAGUUCCCAUGAUGCAUUCUGGCGUGGCACAUCCCACGGUUCAACACAUGCCAUGUCACCAGCCGUAUAACCCGCACUUUCACUCCCAUACGAUGGCUCUGGCCCCGACAAAUAAUAUGCACACCUUCAGCCCUAGCUUCGCCCCGAUGAUGAUGCCGAUCAGCAGCAGCAGCAGAUUCGCCGCCUCGCCGCCUCGCACGUCCGGCCCCACGCGGCAAAUGGAUACGGGCCAGCAAAGCGCCCGCAUCGCCAGCCCGCAGCAUGCACCUGAGAAUUCUGCGGCGACGAAGCCCGCGAAACCGGCGGCGGCGGCAGCGCUGAUCCCGCCGACCUACCGCAAGCCGUCGCCGAACCUCAUCGUCGACGUGGCGGAGACGUGCCAGGAGCGGUUCCCCUUCGAGGAGGUGGCGCGGCGGCACGGCGUGGCCGUCGAGAAGGUCCUGGAGGUCUUCGCCGCCAUCAUCCAGGUGCCGCUGCUGCGGUGCCCGACGGACCGGCGGCGCGCCGGCAAGCUCGCCACCGCGCGCGUCCGGGAGUACAACAAGGCGAAGAGGGCGAUCCGGGAGGAGCGCGGGGCCGAGAAGGAGGAUGGGACCAAGGGGAAGGGAAAGGGAAAAGGGGGCGCGCCUGGCGAUCAGGCUCACCCCCGGGCCAGGGGGGACCAGAUCGCCGUCGAGCCCGCCGACGUCGCGCGCCACCUAGGUCCAAUGGACCUUCCAGAGGAAUUCGAGGUCGGAGGGCUCUGACGGAGAAGGAGAAGGGGGUCGUUGGCGACGGACCACACGUUCUCAUGUCACAUCAAUAUCACGGAAAGCGAAUUUAGCCGGGAAUAACAUGCUU